CAUAUGAAUAAUAAUUGUGGUGUGUUGUAUCGGGUGCAAGUAUGUAAACGGUUGUCCAAUUAAUUCUGUAAUUGGAUAUUAAAUACAAUCGUGUUUUCGCAAGCUCAUUAUUUCGUCCUAUGACUGUACAACCUGUUAAUAACUGUCAUCAAAAGUGAGGUUAUCUGUGAUUUUUUUUAUGUAAAUAAACAAGAUUUUUUCACGAAAAUGCCGGAUUUUCUGGCAGAAAAUAACAUUUGCGGCCAGACAAUUCUCCAGUUAGUCUCACGAGGCAAUGCCAUCAUUGCCGAACUGCUCCGCUUGAAAGACUACAUCCCCCAAACUUACAGAUUGGGGAGCAAGGAAGAGGUUCAAAAAUACGGCGAGAUAAUCAUGGACUUUAGCUAUUUUAAAAUUGAGGAAGCGCAGAAUUACAAAAUUGAGAAUUCGGAGUUGUUGCAAGAUUUGGAUGAGGAGUUUCGUGAUAAUCACAUCGAGAUGAUUAAUCGGUUUUAUCUCACGUUUGAAAGCAUCCACACUUAUAUUACGGAUUUGAACCACUUUCUUGACGAGUUGGAGGAAGGGUUAUAUAUCCAUCAGAGUCUAGAGACGAUUUUUGCCGACAUGGAGGGGAAACAACUGCUUUGUGAAGCUUUAUUUUUGUACGGUUUAAUGCUGCUAAUCAUAGACACGUAUAUAGAGGGCCCCAUCCGUGAGAGACUCCUAGUGUCUUACUAUCGCUACACUCCGCAAAGAAGCGACACUCAAAGCCAAAUCGACGAUGUUUGCCGAUUAUUACGCGACACAGGGUUUCACACGGCGAAAAAACCCAAUAAUUAUCCUGAGGAUUAUUUCCGACGCGUUCCUCUUAAACCGAAAUACGUUGACAUCGUAAUCGGUCAUUUGCGCUCCGACGACAUCUACGGACAAUUAUCAGUGUACCCCCUUCCGAAACACCGAAGCACCGCCCUCGCCCACCAAGCCUCAAUGCUUUACGUUUGUCUCUUCUUCUCACCGAAUAUUUUACAUUCUCAAACGGCAAUUAUGCGCGAAAUCGUCGAUAAAUACUUCCCGGAUAAUUGGGUCAUUUCCAUUUACAUGGGUUUUAUCGUAAAUUUGGCCGAAAGCUGGGAGUGCUUUAAGGCGGCGAAAAUGGCCCUUAACAACACCCUUGAAACCGUAAACAUCAAAGGUUACGCCAGUUCGUACGGAAGCAGCGUUUUGCCCCUCCUCAAAUCCACAAAUUUGAAGCUUAAAGAAGGCAACAUCACUAGUGACAACCUCCUCAAAGACGUCAACAACAUAAUAAAUCUUUUGAGGGAUUGCAACUUCACGAUUCGAUGGCUGAUGCUACACACACUCCUCAAACCUGGCAAAAACGACAAAAGCAAAAAACUGAAACAAUUGAGAGAGCUGGUUAUAACCGAAUCGCGGUUAGAGUCAGUUCAACUGUUUAAACUGCUCCUCAAUACGUCACAGUUAGAGUUAAUCACGCGUGAAAUUUACAAAAACUUGUUGCUGGAAAAAGACAAUCAAUGGUCGGAAUUGAAAAGUGAGAGUUUUAAGAGUUUGGUUGAGUUGAGUGAGGUUUUCAGUGGCGCUAAACCUUUGACCCGAAUUCCGAAAAAUGAGAAUUUGCAAAAUUGGUUUUUGGAAAUUUCGAAACAAGUCGAUUCGUUGUGUUCACAAGACGCAGCUUCGUCUCGUAAAAUCGUUCAACUGAUUCAAGCACUUGAGGAAGUGCAGGAGUUUCACCAACUCGAGUCCAACAUGCAAGUGGUUCAGUUUUUGUCCGAAACUCGCAAAUUCCUGCACCAAAUGAUCCGUAACAUGAACAUAAAAGAGGAUGUUUUGAUUACGUUGCAAAUAAUCGGCGAUUUGAGCUACGCCUGGGAAUUGAUCGAUUCCUUCACUCCUAUCAUGCAAUUCGGGAUUAAAAAAGAGCCAACUUUGGUCAUUAAACUCAGGGCGAUUUUCCUCAAACUCUCCUCAGCGCUUGAAGUCCCGCUUUUGCGCAUCAAUCAAGCACACAGUGAGGAUUUGAUUUCAGUGUCGCAAUAUUACAGUAGCGAGCUUGAAAUCUAUGUCAGGAAGGUAUUGCAAAUAAUUCCGAAAAUGAUGUUUGAGAAAAUGGCUCGUGUGAUUGAGAUUCAGACUUGUAUCUUGAAGGAAUUGCCCACAAGGCUGGAUAAGGAUAAGUUGAAGGAUUUUGCACAGUUGAAUGAACGGUUCGAGUUUGCUGAACUGACGCAUUCGAUUUCGGUUUUUAGUCAAGGGAUGAGAAUGAUGAAGAGUACGCUGGUUGGAGUGAUUUGUUUAGAUCCGAAACAGUUGCUCGAAGAUGGGAUUCGGAAGGAGUUGGUGUUAUAUAUCUCGAAGGCGUUGCAUACGGGCUUGAUUUUUGGGCAAAGGGUUAAAGUUGAGGAGUUGGAGGGCAAGUUGGAGGCGGUGGGGGUGAUUAUGGAUGGGUAUAAGAGGUCGUUUGAGUAUAUACAGGAUUACAUCAACAUCAACGGUUUAAAAAUCUGGCAAGAGGAAGUGACUCGAAUCAUCAACUACAACGUGGAGCAGGAAUGCAACGGCUUUUUGCGCAACAAAAUCCACACUUGGGAAAGCGCUUUCCAGAGCCGUUACGUCCCAAUCCCGCUCUACCCAAGCACGGACUCUUCUAGCGAAAAUUUCAUCGGGCGAUUAGCGCGCGAAAUAAUCAAAUUGACCGAUCCCAAACAGUCCGUUUAUCUCGAACAAACAUCGACUUGGUACGACAUCAAAAGUCACAAACCAAUCUUCAACAAAGAAACCAUAGCUCUAGUAGCGUCUGCUAUCGAAAUUUCGGGCUUGGUGGGCCUUGACCGGCUCUUCUCCUUCAUGAUUAUUUCAAAUUUGCAAAAAUUGUCCGGGUAUUUGGAAAUGAAAAACGCCAAAACGAACGCAUGGCAUAACGUUUUGGCGAGUAUUCAUAAAGAUAUGAUCGGGAGCGAAAAUGUGAACAACCCCAUCAAGUUUUACCAGAACUGUGUUAAUCGAACGACGAAAAUUUGGAACGAGUUUCUUGAUUGCAUUUUGUUGGUCGGACAAUUGCAGCUUUUGAGGAACUUAAUCGCUUUUCAUUUGAAUAAAUCCUGCAAGUUUAAUGCGAAAAAUUUAGAAUCGUCUCUACGUUCACUCAAUAAGGCUUUGUUACUCGACAUUGUGAACGGCGAGUGUGCCCCAAGUGAGGACAUCAUGUCCAAACUAUCGCAUUAUUUCGAUUAUUCGGGCCUGAAUAAUCCCUUCAACAAAAUAUACAUCACGUCAAAGUUUGACGAUAAUCAUUACAUUACUAUUUUCGUUUUUGCGAUUGCACAUUUUAGUAAACUUUUUUUUCUACGUCAGUUAGGAAACGCCAACAAACGAAAUGCGGAUCAAAUCGACGGAACCGCAUUUACUGUCGCAAUCCACACCCUUGUCAAACAAUUCCAUAAUAAAUUAAACGAAAGUUUCAUCAAAUUAUUAUCCAAUUAUGUCGUACAGUUGACUAGAUAUAGCAUAAGUAUAAAAAAUACCGAAUUGCCUUUGGAGGUGUCACUAGCUAUGAGUUUUCUGGAAACGUACACCAAUUACUCAGAGUCUUCCCGAAAGUGUUUGAAAGAAGAAAUUCCCGAUGAAAUUUUGCAUUUACAACAAACUCUAGUCGCCUCUGCUUCCUAGACUGAUUAUUUAGGGGUCGCAUUGUGUGGCGCCAUCUGUUAUUUUUUUAAUAAAAUGUAAUUUUUCACUAAAAA